GACCUCCGGACCUCCAGCGCAGGACUGUGGACCAGCGCGGACCCUGCUGCCUCCUCCCCGGGACCGCACGGGGGAGAAACAUGAGUCUUGAUGGAGACACCUUAUCGGUGAUUGAAAACCCGGCGGCUGUCCCUCACUCCUUUCACGCAGAGAAAACAGCGGGAGCCGCGGGGACCAAGGGAGUCCAGGGUUUGUUGAAAGGCCUUCACUCAACGACUCAUGCUCACAGAGUGGCGCGGCUGCUGGCGGCGGUGUGUGCGGUUGGACUCCUGGGAGGCUUAGUUGUAGGUGUCUGGUUUCUAGUGAAGCUGCUGCUGAAGCCCUCCUCCUCUCAGAGCCCGGUGGGGCUCGGCGACACGAAGGAGACGUCCUUCUGCAACGUGACAGAGGAGAUUUCCAUCUCCGACCCCAGAAAAGUGUUUUACAGGAUCAGCCCUGAGAACUCCCUCCUGGAGAUCCAGCUGGGGAAGCUGCCCACAUGGCUGCCGGUGUGCUACGAGAGGUGGAACUCCUCCCUGGGAACGCUGGUCUGCAGACAACUGGGCUAUCUGAGACUGACCAAGCAUAAAGGAGUGAAUCUCACGGAUAUCGGGCCAAACUACACUGACGGCUUUAUCCAAAUCACCUCCGAAUACAGGAGCAGUCUGGAGAAUCUGUGGCAGCACAGGGGGAGCUGUAUCACCGGGAAGGUGAUUGCUCUGCAGUGUUUUGAGUGCGGGACGCGAGCGAAGCUGCCCAGGAUAAUCGGGGGAGCGGAGGCCACGCUGGGCAGGUGGCCCUGGCAGGUCAGCCUCUACUAUAGCAACCGUCACACCUGCGGAGGCUCCAUCAUCACCAGUCAAUGGGUAGUCACAGCUGCCCACUGCGUGCACAACUACAGGCUGCCCCAGGUGUCCAGCUGGGUGGUCUACGCCGGCAUCGUGACCCGCGGCUCCGCUAAGAUGGCUCAGCAGACGGGACACGCCGUGGAGAAGAUCAUCUACAACAAGAACUACAACCACCGGAGCCACGACAGCGACAUCGCCCUGAUGAAGCUGCGGACGCCGCUGGCUUUCUCAGAUACCAUCAGGCCCAUCUGCCUGCCUCAGUACGACUCUGAUCCUCCAGGAGGCACACAGUGCUGGAUUUCUGGGUGGGGAUACACACAGCCCGACGGCGUCCAUUCGCCCGACACCCUUAAAGAGGCGCCGGUUCCAAUCAUAAGCGCCAAGAAGUGCAACAGCUCCUGCAUGUACAACGGCGAGAUCACGCCACGCAUGCUGUGCGCCGGAUACACGGAGGGCAAGGUGGACGCCUGUCAGGGAGACAGCGGGGGGCCUCUGGUGUGCCAGGAUGAGAGCGUGUGGCGGCUGGUCGGGGUGGUCAGCUGGGGGACGGGCUGCGCCGAGCCCAACCAUCCGGGGGUUUACACCAAAGUGGCCGAAUUUCUGGGCUGGAUCUACGAGAUGAUGGAGAAUUACUGAGGUGGGCUCAUGAAACGGCGAGCGACGGGACGCUCCUGAUGUAAUCGUGUGAAAUACGGGGAAACAUAGUUCAUAUUUUCAUUUUAAGUGUUUGUUGUAUGCCGUACAUCUAAAGACAGAGUGGAAAUAACAGAAUGAAUAUUCACGUUGUAUUUUUCAUGUAUUAAA